UUGAAGGCACGUAGCAGAGACUAAAAACCACUCGUUUUUCAGAAAUAAGGAGACAAACAAAACGCUCUGUGCAACACUGGGGAGUAAUUUAAAGGACAAAAUAAUUCAGUUUUCCGGAUACCUCAGCAAUCUCAGGUACCUGCCAUUACCUUUACCAGUAGCUGAAGAAGCAAGCCUGAAGCAAAACAGAAUAAAAUGGGGAAGCUCUACUGUGUCAACAUUUGUGGAAUAAGGGGUGUUGUGAAGUCGAUCGACUUGUGCAACACUGAGGAGCAAUUUAAGAGUAUGACCGUGGAGCAGCUGAAGGACAAGAUAAGGCAGACUUUUCCAGCUACUCCAGAGGGUCUGCGGCUUAUCUUUACAAAUAAGAUGCUGGAUGAAGACUUCAAACCGCUUUGUGAAUAUGGAAUUCAACACAUGUCAUUCAUCCAAGUAGUGCUAAGGCUUCCUGGAGGACGAUGUCUGCCUACAGCGCAGUGCAGUGGGUUUGGUGACAGGACAGGCAAAAUCCAAAGUACCUUUAAUUACCAUUUCCAGUGGCGCAAGGAGCACAGCAAGCCUGAAAGACAACUGAAUGAAACUGGGAAAAUCUACAAGGUCAAAAUUGUUGGAAUAAGGGGUGUUGUGAAGUUGAUCGAUCUGUGCAACACUGAGGAGCAAUUUAGGAGCAUGACGGUGAAACGUCUGAAGGACAAGAUAAGGCAGAUUUUUCCAUCUAUGUCAGAGGAUCUGCGGCUUAUCUUUACAAAUAAGAUGCUGGAUGGAGACCUCAGCCUGCUUUGUGAAUAUGGAAUCCAACACAUGUCAGUCAUCCAAGUAGUGCUAAGGCUUCCUGCAGGACGAUGUCUGCCUACUGGGGAGUGCAGUGGCUUUGGUGAAAAGACAGGCAAAAUCGAAAGUACCAGUCAUUAUGAUUAUCAUCGCACAAAACAGAAUAAAAUGGGGAAAAUUUGCCAAGUCAAGGUUUUUGGCCCAGAUGGUGAUUUAAAGGUGAUCGAGCUUAGCAGCACUGAGGAGCAAUUUCAGAGCAUGACCGUGAAACUUCUGAGAGACAAAAUCAGACAGGCUUUUCCUAAUAUCCCUGCUAACCAAGAAGAAUCUGAAAAGGAGACGGAAGAACAACCCAACAUCCCUCCACGGAAGAGGCACCGUGGUACUGGAAAGCCCUGUCUGAGCCACACGGCAAAAGAUGGCACUGUGUGGGUAGAGGAAGACAUUGGAAUGCCCAGUGCAGUAGCAAAUCGCUCGUGCUUCACCGUGCAAGCUGGACCCACAGAGUCUGCUAAGCGUAAAAUUACAAGUGUGCUCCAAAGCUUCCUUUGCCUGUUAGACCUGGGAAUGCUGUAG